CAGUUUAUAACGGCUACCAUGUUGCGACGCAGGAUCAUCGCUGAGAUGAGAGAAUUUUCCACUAUCGUAACGUAUAUUCGAUGGCGAUCCGAUCGAUCGAUCGAUCGGUCGCCCCUCCUCCCUCCCUCCCCCUCCCCCUCCCUAGCUUUCCGUGUGUCGACAGGUCCGUCGGGCGCGCGACAACCUACGCUACAUCGGCGAACGAGUGACCAAGGGGAUGGACGAGAUCAAGGAGGAUAUCGGGAAGGAGCUUCGAGUCACCGACCGGUUGACGACCCAGAGUUCAAAAUUGGAGACGGUGUUGCGACGAUUCGCGAGUCUCGAGGAGAACGUGAUCGAGAUGGUGCGAAUGGAUCGGAAUCGGGAGAGCGUGAGGAUCGAGACACCGACGGACGUGGGCACGGAGAUCGAGAGGAUCGUCGCCGCCGCCGAGAGGAGGAGCAUCGAGAAUCGGGAGGAUUCGCUGGUUUCGGAGGUGGAUAGGCGCGAGGUUGCCCGCAACCCUGUGUCCAAGUUUUCCGCGUGCGGGCCCCGUGAAAAUAUUGGGAGAAAAACGACGGCGGAGGGCCGAGCUCGGAUAGUCACGACGCCAGAGGUUCGCCUCCUCGGCGAAUCGCAGCCAAAAAAAUAAAUUCGUCCGUUUUUCCAAGCAAGCGUCAUCCUGAUCGAUCUUG